AUGGCUGCUGCUAUCAAGGCUAUCAAUGCCAAGAUCCGCUCCAAUAAGGUGCUGGACUAUGUCUGCUCGACUCACUUCUGGGGCCCCGUCUCCAACUUCGGUAUCCCCAUUGCGGCCGUGAUGGACACUCAGAAGGAUCCUGAAAUUAUUUCCGGCCCUAUGACCGGCGCCCUGGUUGUCUACGCCGCCACCUUCAUGCGCUACUCUCUCGCUGUCACACCCAAGAAUUACCUCCUCUUUGCCUGCCACCUGACCAACUUUGGCGCUCAGACUACCCAAGCCUACCGAUACCUGAACUAUUGGAACUGGGGUGGCCGGGAAGCUCAGCUCGCCGAGAAGGCUAAGCUCGGCCAGGAGGCUGCAGAGGCAUAA